AUUAAUUAAAUCAAAUAUGAAAUAAGCGCAAGUAGCAGGAACAGCGUUUUCAUCUGGAAAAUUGAUAUAAGUUGAACAUUACAGUUAUAGUGCGAAUGAUUAAAUAGGAUCUGGUUUUAGCAGUUCAGUAUAUAAGGGAAAGAAUGAAAAUACUAAUGAGACUGUUGCGAUAAAAGUAAAAUGAUUUGAUUUAAUAGAUAGAUAAUAGAUAGAAGUAAGAUAACAAAUGAAGUAGAAGAAUUUUUGUUGAAUCAGGAAAUAAGAGCAUUAUCUUUGAUGAAUUGUGAGAAUGUGGUUAAAAUGUAUGAUUAUUAUCAUAAGCCAUAAUGCACAUACAUAAUAACAGAGUAUUGUAAUUAAGGUAAUAAUAGGAUUAAAUCAUAUUAGGUGAUUUGGGAUAGUUAAUAAAAAAGAAGUAGAGAAUAGAGGAAAUAGAGGCAAUAAAGAUUAUGAAACAUAUAGUAAAUGGUUUUAAAGAGUAGGUAGGUAAGGGAGUAAUACAUAGAGAUUUAAAACCAAUAAAUAUAUUGAUAAGAAAUGGGAUUCCAAAGAUAGCAGAUUAUGGAUUUUCUAAAAUGAUGAAUGCACCUCCAGAAACAAUAUAUUAUAAUGUUGGUACAGCAUUAUAUAUGAGUCCAUAAACAAUGAUAAAAAAUGUGUAUUCUGAGAAGACUGAUAUUUGGAGUUUAGGAGUGAUAUUUUAUGAGAUGUUAUAUGGACAAGUACCAUUUUAAGCAUAAAACGAAAAAGAUUUAGCUUAGAUAAUGUUAAGAACAAAUCCAGCAUUUCCUUAAUAGAUUCCUGUGUCUAAAGAAACAAUAGAGUUUAUUUUAAAAUGUUUAUGUGUAGAUGAAGCAAAGAGAUUUAGUUGCAGUGAUUUAGAACAUCAUCCAAUAUUUUACAGAAGACAUACUAUGACUGUACCUAGACCAAUAGCUGAUAGAAGUUCAUCAACAUAGAAUUAAGAUUAUAGAUCUCCUUAUAGAUCUACAGAAUAUUAACCAAAAAGAAAGAUAAUUAAUUAAGUAGCUUAAACUGCUAUGCCAUAAUCAGCAUUAAAGAGUAGAGAGAGUGUAAGAUUUAUGACUUAAAAUGAUGAGGUGAUUUAAGCUUAAUUCUAAUUUGUUGAAUUAAUGUUUAGAAUUCUAAGAAUUUUAGAAAAACAAAUUGUAUUUAAUCAAGAUUAGUAAAUCAAACUUAAAUUCUUAAUUACUAAAAAUAUGUUUUUUAAAACUAUUUUGUUGAGAGAAGUUGUUGAUAAAAAAAAUAAUGUAUUUCAACUCUAUUAAUUUGAUACCUAUAUAGAAUCUGUUGGUAAAUACACUAGUCAAGUCAAUUAAUUAUAUUAACUUUCAAAAGAAUUUCACCAUAAAUAAGUAUUCUGUUAUAUUUAUUUCUAUAGUAUUAAAUGAUUGAGGGAAAUCACUCAUUAAAACAAUCUCUACUUAAAGAUAGAUGUUUUUAAAAGAUUUAUGAUAAUUUUAAAUCAGUUAACGAGAGUUAUGAAUUUUAUCUAUUAUUCAGUACUCUACUUUAAAGAUGUAUAAGAGAUUUAUUCAAUAAAUGUAAUAAUAAAUUAGCAGGUGUAAGUGAAUCUUAAUAAUUAUAAUUGUAAGAAGAAACUAUGGUUUAUGUUUUAGAAUAACUUACAUUUUAUUAUAGUUUACUUAGAUUGAUUAUUGAAAAUAACAAUAAUUUUCAAGUAUUUACCAAAAAGGCUUAAAUAUUUAAAAUAUUAUAAGCUACUCCAUAACAAAUAACUAAAAGUAAUUUGAUUACUAUAAGACAAUCAAUUCAAGAGAUGAAAAUAUGA